CUCCUCCUUUACCAUCCCCCCUAAUAAUCAGUUCUUUUAUACAUACCAACAAACACGCCAUAGGAGCUUUGUGUAUUCAAAGGAUUUGGUUUCCCUUCUGAAAGACCCGCUAUUCUUUGAUGAUUGGGCAGCGGCAAACUUCAAAGCCAUAAAUCUUUCUCCUGACUGGCUGGCGGUCUACCAAAGUCUUAUCAAAUUCUAAGUGAUCCCUCCACCACAGAUAUUCCAAGGAUAUCUCCGAAUAGCAGGAGGAAAGAAAGCUCUCUAUGCGACUGAUUCCCUUUAAUACAGCUUGAAACCCUGAAUCGAGUCUCCUUUCAACAAUUUGUAUAGGGAAUGGCUGCUGUGGCUGUUCUACGCAAUGAUUCUCUGCAAGCUUUCCUCCAGGAUCGUACGCCAAAUUCUUCUCCGGAGUCCGCCAAGCAGUCUCCACUGGCCCUCUUAGCUGCAACAUGCAAUCGGAUCGGACAGACUGGGUCAACGCAUACUGAUCUUUUCCAGGUCCCUUACGAUCCCACUCUGAGCUCCCCGUCCCGCAUUUUUCACCCAUGGAGUAACGAGAUCCCGGCUAACCCAGGGGGGAUUUCAUCCCACUCCAGUUUAACUUUAACUCCUCCGAAGGUUCAUCAGCUACCGCCUCAUAUGCAGGCGUCCUAUGGGUCUCAUGAACUUCCUCUAACUCCGCCGGCAGAGCCGUCGUACCCAUUCGAGCUCUCCCCCGUUAAAAUGUUGCCUUCAUCUAUGCAGACCUUAGCUUCAAGCUGCCAGCCAACCUACGUCCCCGCGGUCAACUAUGGUACGCCGACUCCUAUCAGUUCAGCUAUGUCAAGCUUUGUCCCAACUGGAUCCCCUUUACUUUCUCAUCAACACAGGCAUAUGUCACCCAACCAAGUGGAGGACAUCCCGUGGUGGAGCAUCCAGCAGAGUAGCAGCUCCAACCACGCCUCAUCCAUUGCACCUCAUCGUUUCCCUCUCCAACGAUCCUUGGUUUUGGGUCAUUCAGACUUCGCCCAGUAUCAAACCCAGAUCGCGGCCCUUCUCCACACGAAAUCUCCUAUGGCUACUGCCAGGAGGUGCAGAAGGUGCCGCUGUCCCAAUUGCCAGUCUUCGAGCAGUGGAGAUGAGCCCGGGAAGAAGAAGCAGCACAUUUGUCACAUUCCGGGGUGCGGGAAGGUUUACGGCAAGACGUCUCACCUGAAGGCUCACCUGAGAUGGCACACCGGCGAGAGGCCCUUCGUCUGCAACUGGUUGUUCUGUGGCAAAAGUUUCACUCGAUCAGACGAGCUCCAGAGGCAUCUGAGGACUCACACUGGGGAGAAACGGUUUGCCUGCCCAGAAUGUGGCAAGAGAUUUAUGAGAAGCGACCAUCUGGCGAAGCACGUUAAAACUCACCAAAACAAAAAAACAAGACUUAGCAUGGAAAAUGUGAAAAGGGAAGAUGGGAAUAUGCCAGGGCACAAUUGAAUAGUGGGGGUGGGGUACUGCAACAAGACUGUGCGGGCUGUCGAUGCAACAAAUAGCUUUGGUGUGCAAUAUCCUUGAAAAAAGAAUAUUUUAAGUGAAAGGAAGGUAUUUCUGUAAAUACUUUCAUAUAAACAUGCUUCAGUUAAUUUCACAUUUGGUCGCUAUGCUUCGUUACGAAGUUGUAUAUAUUUAUAGGGACGUUAAAUAACGCAAGUUCUUUAACUCGAGGAUUUCAACGGCAUCUUUGGUGAAAGAUAAUAACUGCUGUGCAUAGAGUAUUUAAUAGCUUUGAUUGAAUGAAAGUGUUUUGCCUUUAUCCUAGCUCAAUGGGGAGUUCUAGCAUGCUUUUUAAACUCCACACUCGUGUAAACUAAAACGACCCUAUACUGUGUGAAAAUAAAACAAAAUCCGUUUGGCUUAAAUUAAACUACUCCCUGCUGGGUC